AGAGUAAGGGUUUUAGAGGGGUAAGGAGGAGCAGCCACAUAUUUGAGUUAGGGUUUAGAGAGAGAGAGAGAGGGAAGGAAAAAAGGAAGAAAGAACUGAGAUGGAUUCAUUCUCCUCACCCUCGAGUGGAUCUCCUUCGAAAUUCUCAGCGGACGAAUUGAUGGACCAGCUUAAACUUCAGCUUGCUCAGGCUUAUGCUGAAGAGUUUCUCGAGACUGUUAGAGGAAAGUGCUUUGACAAGUGCAUCACUAAACCUGGCAGUAGUCUGAGUGGGAGCGAGAGCAGUUGCAUCUCCAGGUGUGUGGAACGAUACAUUGAGGCCACAGGUAUCAUUGGCAGGGCCCUCUUUAACCAACGCUGAGAGCUCCAGAGUUGGAACUUUUUGAUUUAGUUUCACUGGGUUGCUAUGAAUUAACCCCAGUGCAGAUUAAAGUAUUGAGUUAUCUUAACAUUUUAUGCCUUUUUUCUUAUUAUUUUUCAGAUGCUUCUGUUCUUUUCUGCACCAAGGUUUUGUAUCCUAAGAUUAUUGGAGCCGAGUGCCUAUGAACUUGUGCAUUGGCUGUAUAAACAGUACAAUGCUGGUUAAAUUUGCUAAUCAUUAUUAAUUAUGCAAAUGCGUUAUAUGUUAGUGUGCUAAUCUUAUUUA